CCACUACAACAACAACAACAAUAUGAACAAGAUGAAAAGAGUGCCCAGUUAAAGAAAAUGGAACGUGAAAAGAAACAAAGAGAAAUGAAACAAGCACGUUUAUUAAAUGCAAAGGAUUCGGCCUUUGAGUAUUCGAUGGAAAGAAAAUACUCCUCAAUCGAUGAAGAAAAAUCACAUGUUCAAGAUACAAUUCAAAGAUCAAUAAAUAAAAAGGAUAUUGAUUGGGAAGAUUGGGAUUUAGAGUCAACACCUCGAAGUAUUAAUGAAAUAGGGCUUUUGUCAGAUGAGAGGAUUAGAGCAGCUAGGGCAAGAGGUGAAUUUGAUGAUUUACCAGGACGUGGGAAACCAUUACCUGAAGAUCCUUUGAUGCAUAAUCCAUUCAUUGAUCGAACAGAGUACUUUUUAAACCGUAUUGUACAAAGAAAUGGGGCCGCUCCACCAUGGAUCAUUAUGCAGCAGGAGGUAGAUACAGAGAUAACUACGUUACGAUCACAAAUGAACUCCGCCUUUAAACGUUGUAUGGGUGAAGCUAAACGCGAAUUUGCUGAUAUUCACAAGUCAUCCUUAUUAAAGCAAUUUGAAAAAAUGGAAAAGACGUUUUUCGAUAAAGAGGUGAAUCGACUUAAUAAGCGACUACGAAGUUAUAAUGUGAUGUGUCCAGGACCCGUUAGAAAACCAUUACUUGAUUUAGAAAAAGAAAUUAAAAUUAUACUUGAAAAGCAUGGUUUUAAAUAGAAAAAGAAUAGAAUUUUGUAUAUAAUAAUAAUAAUGAUAAUAAUGAAUAUAUUUUUGUGUAUAUAAUAUAAAUAAAUAAAUAAAAU